AUGUAAAAUUUCAUGUUUAAUCAAUAUAUGAGUCAGGAUUUAAUAGGUACAUAAAGUUGAAUUAAUUAGGUAAAUAGAUUCUUAUCCAUAAUUUUCUUAAUACUUUUCUGAAGAUGUUAUAAAUAAUGUUUUAAUUGAUGAAUCUGAUAAAAUUAGAGAAUUAACAGAUCGACUUAAAGAUUCAUUAAAAAGUAAAACCAAUAAUACAAUUUUACUUUAUGGAUAAGAAGGUUUUGGUAGGAAAUCUGCCAUCAGAAAAGCUAUUGAUAAUUGUGAAUAAGAAUUGUAGAUGAAAUCUAAAAAAAUCAUUAAAAUAUUUGUAAAUGCAUAUGUAUUUAAAUUUAAAUCAAUCUUAGCUUCAUAAAUCUGAAGGCAAUAUUUUAUCGGCAAUUAAUAAUUAAUUACUAUAAAUUGCAUAAAUUAAAUCUAAAAUCAACAAACUAUCAGUUGAUGAAUUAAUGAAACAUUUCAAAUAAUAUGAGAAUAUUUUUCAUGGAAUUGUUCUUGUCAUUGAUAGAGUAGAAAUAUUAGCAACUGUAAAAAAACAAUUCUUCUUAUAUUCAAUACUUGAAUGGAUUAGAGAAUCUAAAUAUCCAAUUAUAUUUGUUGGAAUCACUUCGGAUUUAUUAUUUUAAGAAAAAUUAGAAAAAAGAGUUAAAAGUAGAUUUUAAAAUAUUCCUUAUUUUUUUAUGGAUCUUGAUUUCUUGUUUAUAUAAAAGUUGUUAUUAGCAAGACUUGAACAAAUAGAUAGAAACUAAGUUAUAAAUAUAUAUGAGAAUUACAUUUAAUCAAAAUCUUUUGAAGAUUUCUUUGCUAAAUUACAAUCAUUAUAAAUAUCUAUUAGCAAACUUAUCUUUCUAUUUCGAUCAUCAUUUUUCCUUGCGGGAUCUCGAUUUACUAAACCUGAUAAAAAGAUUGAGGACAUUAUUAAAUUUGAAAGAAAUACUUAAGCAUAACCAAUAAGUCUAUAAGAAUUAAUGGAAUAAAGUUUAAAAUGGAUUUACCCUAAUGUUAAAUUGGAAAAUGGAAAACGUAUAUUUCUUUAAUUUUAUUUUUCUUAGUUCUCUCUUAACCUGAGUAUGUAAUUUUAUUCACUUUAUAUAAUUUGAUCAUGUAAUAAAAACCAUAAAUUAUGUUUGAUGACAUAAUAUAACAAACUAAAAAAGCUAUGUAAAUAUACAAAUUACAACAUCAUAAAAACUCAAGUGAUUUUACUCCUCUAGUCUUGAAUAAGGCUUUAGAUAAUUUAAUCAAAUAAAAAUUCAUUUCACUUCAAUAAUAAAGUAAAAAUUUAGAAAACAAUUAAAUUAUUCUUUGCAUGUCUUUAGAUGAUUUAAAAAACUUGUUUGAGAAUCUUAAAUAAGAUCUACCUGGUUUUAUGAUUUUUUUGUUUAAUUUUAAUUUUUGA